GCAGUGCUGCUGCUGCCGUACCCCUUCACCAACCUGGUGCUGGACGUGGUGCUGCUCUUCCUCUACCUCGGCACUGAGGCCACCCGCAUCUUUUUCGGGUCCAAGGGCAACCUGUGCCAGCGGAAGGUGCCGCUCUCCAUCAGCCUGGCCCUGACCGUCCCGGCGGCCGUGAUGGCGACCUAUUACCUGCUGCUGCAGACCUACGCCCUGCGCCUGGAAGCCAUCCUCAACGCCAUCCUCUUGCUUUUCUAUGCUCUGGAGCUGCUGCUGGGCAUCCUCGCGCUGGUCUCCUUCUCCAGGUACCGCUGCCCGGCCACGCCGUGCGGCGAGCCGGGUAACAGCCGGGGCGCCGCAGGAACCGGCACGGUGAGCUGCCAGGCUGAUUCGGCGCCGAUACAUCCCCCUCUUCCCUCCUUCGCAGCGUGGAUUCGUACUGAGACCCCGCGCCACGCCAAAGGACCGGGCACAGGUACGUGA